AUGUCUCUAAUCACACUCCCGAAGAUUAUUGUCAAAUUAUCUUCAGAAACAAUCUACCUAGAUAACGUUUCAUCAAACAAUACUAACUACAAACAAAUAACCUUUCUCAAUAUUCUUGACUCUCUUCAGGAAAAGUUACAAAUCCUUCUGCCAGCCAAAUCUCCUGACAGCUCAAUUUCUAAAAUCUUUUCAGAGUAUGCCUCCACAUUCUCUCAAUCACCACUCGAAAAGGAGCAACAAGUUUCAUUCCUAUUGUGGUGUGUUAAAACCAAACAAAAGAAGAAUUUUCUGACUAACAUUGGAAGAUCCUCACUCAAUCUCAAAAAGAAAAUUAUGAAUAAUUCGUCAUCCACAACUACCACUACUGCUCCAUCGAGUACUGUUUUGGAUUCUAAUCUUCCUUCGAAUAGUCAAUUGUCUGCCGAUAAUUUAUUCAAUCCUCCUGAGCAACAAAAGGGGAAAAUCAAAAAGAAGAUGGUGAAAAUGUCAGAUACUGUUUUCAGUUAUGCUGGAGAAUGUACUAACAUGGAUCAAUUAUGUCAUGUAUUAUCUUCCAAUGAAUUCCUUUCCAACGUAGAUCAUAUUAGUGAUGAUUUUCUCUUUAUUGAACUGAAUCCUGCCAUUGAUUUGUCAAGAGUUUGUGUUAUGAAUCUCUCUCCAACAAUGGUCUGCCUCAAUGAAACUCUCUUCAAUAUGCAACAAUAUCACAAACAAUUGGAAAAGAAGGAAGACAGUACACGAAAACCAAUUUGUGGAGAUUUAUUAGGUAAGGAAUUGUUAAAUCCCAUCAAAGUUCCAUACAUUCUCAGAGUUUGUUUGAAAUAUUUGAGAGAUAAUAAGGGUGUGAAAACUUUGGGAAUAUUCAGAGAGGCUGGUUCAAAGAGAAGAGUGUUAGAGUUGUGUAAAUUGUUUAACAGUUUUAUGGCAUUCCCAGAAAUGUACAAUGAUUUGGCUAUUGAAAUUCCACAAAGUUUUGGUGUGAUGGUAGUUGCAGAUUUAAUCAAACAUUAUAUUAGAAACUUACCUGAAUGUUUACUCACAUUUGACAAGUAUGAGGAGGUAAUUGAAAUGUUUACUGGAAGAACUCCUGAAAAAACCAAAACUCUUAUUGAUAAGGUCAAACUUCUCAUGAUUGACCUUCCAGAAUGUAACAAAUCGAUAUUGUCAGAGCUCAUGAAUUUAUUACAUGAAAUUUGUUGUAAUGAAGAAAAUGUGACACUUACUAAAAUGACAAGUAAGAAUAUGGGUAUCGUGAUUGGUCCUAAUUUACUCUACCUUCCAUCAGAGAGCGAUUCAAAGAAAUUGAACAUGGAUGAAUAUCAAAGAUUUUCUCUUAAAACUCAACUCAAAAAUCAACAACAAACAAUCGCUAUUGUUUGUGAUUUUUGUCAGUUUUUAAUUGAAAAUUAUGAAGCAAUUUUCAAAAAGACUACAACCCAUUCUCAACAACCAGUUUCCUCCCAAAAAGAUGUAAAAUCCAAUAAGAAACAACAAGAUACUACUUCCAACUCAGAAGUCGAACAAGAAUUAUUACAAAAAAUACAAGAAAAGGAUCAACAGAUAUCUCAGUUGAAGAAGGAUACUUAUAUGACUCUUCAAAAAGAAAAGAUCAUCAAACAGCUUCAAGCAGAAAAUGUUCUUUUAACAAAAGAAAACAAACAAUUGAAGAAUCAGAUAGAGGAACUCAAUAAGGAGGAAGAACAAGUUGAAGAAACUCAAGAAAAUGAAGAGGUAACAACAAGUGAACCAGAGUCAUCUUCCAUUUCAUGGAUGAGUUCAUUCCUGAUCAUUUCUACUAUAGGAAUGAUAUUGUACUUUUAUUUUCCAGAGUUUUUUCAAUAA